GAAAGCGAAUGACAUCUUUUUAUUCCACGGAACAUUCUGAUAGGGGACUGUGGCAAAAUUAAAGCAGAUACGUGACCUCCCAAUGAGAAAAUACCUCUCAUUGAAAAGAGAAAACGAAACCGCGGUUGACGUAGGCGCAGCUCAUGUUCAUCUUAUCUGCGCGCGUCAGUCUGUGAGAGCCUCAGUGGGAACUAUGGACAAUCAGUGAGCAUGUGCCCUGCUGUGAUCACACUGACCGAAAGGAUUCAAUCAAGGAUGGAGUACGAGAAUGAAAAUGCUGGUAUAGAACUGCUUCUUGCUCACAUGAACAUUGAAGACUUCAUCCAAGAGGCAGAGAAUUUCUACUGUGUUGGCGAGGAGGUGGAAGCAGGAGUUUCAUUUGAAGAAAGUUUCUCGCAAGAAGACAUGGAUGAGAUUGAGGAGACGCCACAGGAUUUAAUCUCACAUGUGCAAAAUCCUGGAAAGGUCCGUUACGGGACUGCAUCCGACCUCCUGGACUUUGUAAAUACGGUUUCAAACACCCCGUCCUCCUCUCUAUUGGAGGUGGGUGAAGAAAUGGGGGUUCUGCUAAACAAGACAGACAUGGUCAUUAAGGAGGGGCAUUAUCGCAUUGAAUUGGACGUCCUUCUGUUUCCUUGGAAACUAACCUACAAGCCCCAAGGCCCUGGACACGUUCCCAAAGGCUCAUUUGGGAAGGUCCACCUGGCUCAGGACACCAAAACUCGGAAGAGAAUGGCAUGCAAACUAAUUCCUGUGGAACAUUUCAAGCCUGCAGAUGUGGAAAUCCAAGCCCGGUUCCGUCACGAGAACAUAGCAGAGCUGUAUGGGGCAUUGAUGUGGGAGCAGACGGUGCAUUUGUUCAUGGAAGCGGGUGAAGGGGGCUCGGUUCUGGAGAAGCUGGAUAGCUGUGGUCAAAUGAAAGAGUUCGAGAUCAUUUGGGUCUCUCAGCAGGUUCUGCGAGGCCUGGAGUACUUGCACUCUCACAAGAUCAUACACCACGACAUCAAACCCAGUAAUAUUGUGCUGAUGUCAGCAAAAGCCGUGCUGGUGGACUUUGGGCUUACAGUACAGAUGAAGGAUGAUGUAUAUGUUCCUCGGGACUUACGUGGCACUGAGAUGUAUAUGAGUCCAGAGUUGGUUUUAUGUCGAGGACACAACACCAAGACUGACAUCUACAGUCUGGGAACCACAAUCAUACACAUGCUGAGUGGAAGCCCUCCAUGGGUUAGGAGAUAUCCCAGAACAGCCUACCCCUCAUACCUUUACAUAAUCCACAAACAGGCUCCUCCUCUGGAGGACAUACCUGAAAGCUGUAGCCCCGCGAUGCGGAGGCUCCUGGAGCAUGCACUCGAUAGGGUCCCUGCACGGAGGAGCUCUGCCACAGAAUUACUAAACGAGGAGGCCCUCCAUCCUUCUCGGGAAGACCAGCCGCGCUGUUGGAGUCUGGAUUCUGCACUGGAGGAAGGCACACAUCCACUGCUGCGACAGCACAGUCAGCUUUCAGACAGCACCCAAGAUUCUUCCUUGUACACUGAGGAUUCUGGGCACUCGAAGAAAAAAGGAUCCCUCUAUGUAGAUCUGGGCGCCUUGGCUGGCUACUACAAUCUGGUUAGAGGGCCACCAUCUAGUGAAUAUGGCUAAUUAAGGUGGAUUUUUGCUGAGGACCAAUGGGGUACUUGUAUCAGAAUUGCAUAGAUAGAUCAUUUCCGUGGAGCUGAAUUAAUCCACAAGAGGAUUCAGAAUAUACUGUAUGGUGUCCUAAAUGAGGACAGUCUACGCUGAUUGGACAGUGUUUGGACAUGAGCUGUCCAAUUAGAGAUGGACUUCUUGAAGAGAAGACAGACUUGUGGUUUUUAUUGUUUGAUGAACAGUUUGAGAGGUGUGGUUUUGUUAAUGCAGUUCCUUGUCUGUGUUUUGAGAGCAUGAAUAUAUCAUAUGUAUAUGAAAUGCAUACUAGGGAUGCACCAAUAUUGAAAUCUGGCCAAUAUAGAAAAGCCUAUAAUUAUUUUUCUGUUAUAGAUGAUAAAAAUAAAUGGCUGAUUUUACAAUCAUACACUAUUUUGUUUAAAAAAAACAUUUAGGCAUCACAACAUUAUAAUAUACAGUAUGAAAAUGCAUAUUCAUUUUGAGACUUGCUAAAAGCCACAUUCAAUAGUGAUUUAAAAUUAUUAGUGUUUUUAUAAAUAAACUUUAAGCAAGCUAUAGAUGAUGCUAAAGGUAAUCGAAAUGCAAAAAAAUAAAAAAACAAUGUGCAUGAACAAUUACAAAUCUUAAUAUUGACUGUGCAUCCCUAUAAUACAGACUAAUAUUUUCUAAUAUUUUGUCAUAUAUAUAUAUAUAUAUAUAUAUAUAAUUGCAGAUCACUGUAGCUGUGCUAGGUGUAUUGAUUAUGUAUUCCAUAUAUGAUCACAUAAGGGGCAGGCCCUAAUGAGAGUAAAUCUGUGCUUUGAAAUAUGCUGAAAUAUUCAUGAAAAUUAUUCAUAUUAUACUAAAUUAUCAUUGCUUAAUGUUUUUAUUUUCAGAUUUUUGACCAUUGCAGUGCUAUGUAUGUUAACAACAUAUGUAUCUCCAGUGAACUACAAAGGCAGGCCUGUGUUAUCGGAAACUAUAUGCGUUCUGACCUACAUUUGUUGUUUUUUUGUGUGGAAUAUUAUUCAUAAUAUGUGUGAGCCUAUUGAAUUUGAAUAUUUGACCACUGACAUUAGCCUGUCUGUGCCCUUUAGUAACUCAUUUCAGUAAAUAUUUUCAGUUUAAUGUUUAUUUGUUAAAAUUAUUAUUAAUGUAUAUUUGCAAUCCCCAUGUGAGUGCCAUGUCUUUAAAUAGCUUUACCUGAGAUCCCUUGAUAAUACAAUCAUUGUAAAAAUAAGAGUUGCCAAAAAGCACACUACUUUUUUUCCUCACAGGAAGUGUUUUCAGAUGAUACGGAAAAUAAUCUCAGGGUUUUAUUCCCAUGGAAUGUUUUUGUUGAGUAGUUGCAAUGCAAGACAAUGAAAUGUGCACUCAGACAAAAA